UCCAUGGCGCGGGGCGCACGCGGGAAGCGGGCCGGCGAGGGACGGACGUGGGGACCGGGAGCCCCUUUAUGCUCGUAAGACCUAGAGACUCCCCACCAAGCACCCUACCAAUUUCCUUGGAACCUUUGCUCAUCACAAUUCAAGAUGAGUGUUAUAUGCUGGGGAAAGAGAUUUGUAUCUGGAGCCUUCAACUGAGCAACCCAGAGAUUGCCAGACUGGCUUCGCUUCUGGAGUUGAAGGGCCGUGCCUGCCCAUUUACCAGCCUGGAGCUCAUUGAUUGCAGGAUGGAUCUGUGGUCUCUCCGGAGACUCGGGAGGGCUCUGCUAGGCAGUUGUCUGCAUUCUCUUGUCCUUGAUUACUGCAGGUUUGGAAACGAAGAAAUUGAGAGUAUUUUCUCAGGCCUGGAGCACAACCAAAGGCUUCAAGUCCUCAGUCUGCGCUACUGUGGUCUGGGGCCACAGAGCGGGCCACGGCUCGGUGCUAUCAUAAGCCAGAGCUCCAUUUGUGAGCUGCACCUUGACGGCAAUUACUUACAGUGCUCUGGAGCUGUGGCUCUCCUCAGACCCAUAGCAGAGUAUGCAGAGAUGCAGGGGAGAGACCAGCCGGCCACAUCCCCACCAGUCCCCAAGAGCCCCCCUCAGCAGCUGCAGGUCAGACAGAAGGGAAGUUCGACUUUGAACCAGACUACAAAGUCACCUGGAGCUGUAACACGGAAGACUACUUCAGGGAAGGAGAGAAGAAAAGGAAUCAAGAAAAAGAUGAAAGAUUUGACUGAAGCUGGUCCUUGGUUAGUGAAAUUGUAUUUGGCAGAUAAUGGCAUAGAUGGAAAAGGAAAAGAAGGAGAAAAUGGCUUGUUGGAAUUCACUCAGAUUUUAAUAUGGUGA